UGGAGUACCGCGCAUGCGCAGUCUGUCCCCUGUACCUUAUUAAUUUUUAAUGGCAAUGGCUGCGUUUCUCAUCUAAAACCUCUCCUGCAAAACAACAAACCUAUAAAUACGACAUUUCUUUACACCUCUGACAAAAGGCGUUAUCGAUUUAGUAAUAGUAAUCGAUCGAUUGUGAUCUACGAAAAAUGGAUCGGCUGUAGAAUUUGAAGAUAGAAGAUCUGUCAUUUUUAACCCUUUGCAUUCCAUGAUCCACAAACAAUCGAGAAGAUGAUGCGUCAGGUGACCAACAACAAUGACUAUUGCAUGAGUGGCAGGCCGUCAUGCCUGGCAGAGGAUGGCCGACACCCCACCAGUCACUUUGACCUAUGCACUGCCCAAUCCAACAAGUUCUACCAAGCUUCCCCACCCCCUCCCUUGCAAAUGACCUUGCCCCCUCUACCCCUGCCACCCCAGAACACCCUGAAAACCAUGCCCUGUCAGAGGCAGAAUGGCCUCAGUGAACCUCACCCCCAAGCUGUUGGAAUCACGAACAAUGAAAAGCCAGAGGACUCCAAGAAAAAGAAAAACCCGGGGAGGUCUGGAAGGAGAGGAAGACCUUCGGGGACCACUAAAUCAGCAGGUUACAGGACCAGCACAGGGAGGCCUCUAGGAACCACCAAGGCUGCCGGGUUCAAGACCAGCCCAGGGAGGCCCCUGGGAACGACCAAGGCAGCGGGAUAUAAGGUCAGCCCUGGUAGGCCCCCUGGCAGUAUCAAGACCCUGUCUCGCCUCAACAAACUAGGCUAUGGUACGUGUAGCGCCGCAGCAUUCCCCUACAAUAUGAUGAACAAAGGCAGCCUCUGCGAACCCUCGUGCAAGGAAAAGGAGACCAACGAGUAAAGUCCUACUUUUCUCAUGGCUUGUUGGAGAAAUAGAAGGUUGCAUGUCCUAAGUGCUGUCAAAUAGAGGGGUUGUUUUGUACCGUUUCCCUGGUUGAGUGUACAGAUGUACUAUUACUGGCAUGUGCCUCCUCAGUGUGCAUGCUUCUAUCCAAACCGGAUUUCUUUGUAAUAUAGAGUAUAGCUUAUACACUAUACUGAGUGGACAAAACAUAAGGAACACCUUCCUAUUAUUGAGUUGCCCCCCCC